ACCGAGCGCAUCGCGACGACGGGGAGACAGAGACAUGGCCUCGAAGGGACGGGCGGCCGCCUGCCAAAGGGUCGCGGGUCACGGCGUUUCACAGCCUUCCUCCCUGCUGCUGCUCGUCUUGAUCUUCCUGUACCACGAGCCCCUGCUGGCCAAAGAAGUGAAGGGGGUGGCGGGUGAGAACGUCACCAUCCUCUUCUCCUUCAACGGCUCCUUCGAUGGCACCCUGCUGAAGUACGCCAACCUCUACAAGGACGGGAACAAGUCGGCCGAGUGGAGGGCGGCGUCCUCGCCCGCCCCGUCCUCUCACCUGUCCUUAAAUGUGACGAGCGGCAAGGUGGCCCUCGUCAUCCACGGGGUCACGGAAGGGGACUCCGGAACGUACUACGUGGCGCUUUUCCACGACCGCUCGAACGCGGACGUCACCGAGAGCUUCAAAGUGCUGCUCACGGUCCACCUGGCAGCCACAGAUCUGACACCCGUGAACUGCACAGAGACCUCUGCGGGAAGCUCGCAGUCCAUCACGUACGUCUACGUCAUCUGCGGGCUGGGGGCCGCCGUGCUGUCCGUGGCGCUCGUCAGCUGGUUCUACCUGACCAAUGAGAGGAGCUCAGCCAACCAGCCGACUCAGAGGAGUGCCGAGAACAGCCAGGUGACCAGCAAGGAUCCCAGCCACCUUCCCGGGUACUCCAUAGAGUACGGGGUGCUGGAAUUCCAAAGCAGACCAAGCGGGCAGGAUGGAGACUGGAGCAGAGGGUCCAGACUGGAUCUCCGGGACAAUGUGGAGUACUCGGUCAUCACCUUCCAGCAGAGGAAUCACCAGGGAGCAGCAAAGAACCCGACAGGAGUCUGCUGAACAAGACUGGGUUUCCAGAGGCCCCGGAAUCAAGGAAGAGCUGAACACUAAGGACAGGGCGGCCCACCGCUGCUCUACUCCUUGGUCGCGCGGCGCAGGAUCCCCCCCACCAAGCACGCGAAACCCAACACUAUCUACGCGCGAGACUGCAGCGCCCCGGGUCCGAACGCUGGCGUUCUCGGGUUUGAACCACCCCACCUCACCAGGGACGCAGAGACAGGUGCACAGGUGUUUGGCCCCGCCCCAAUAACACACAGCUACCAAUAAAAUGCAGCUCAGUACAGCGAAUUUGCAUUACAGUAAGGAGAAGUGUCCAGGAUGUCGCGGGAUCGAGGUAAAGGUGUGAAUACAAACAAAAUAAGCGCUUUCGUGUUGCAACGGUGCCCCUCUGUGUACCGAGAAUGUCUUCCACGCCUCGAUAUGCGAGGUUUACGCCAUGAGAGGCGACCUUUUUGUUCUUUGUUUUUUUACUAUUUAUUUGCAUA